AUGCAUAAAUACAAUCAUAAUGAACUCAAUAAAAUUUGUCAGGAGUUGCAUAUUUCAAAUGUAUUACGACGAUUCACAGCCAUUGAAUCGAUUGUAGCGGCGCAAUGUGUACAAAUAUUUCAAUCACCAUAUAUGAUCAUUUAUCCAUUCAUGAACUGUGGCUCAUAUCUAAAUUUUGCGCAGCGCAUGGGACAAAGUCUUACUUUUAAAAAUAAGAUAGAAGCAGCACAGACAAUUGCGCAUGCUUUAUCUGAUAUGCAUUUUCUGGGAUUAUUGCAUUGUAACAUUGGAGCUAGAAAUAUAUUUGUAAGAAAAGAACUAAUUACUAGUUCAAAGGUCAAGAGUUAUUCGUCAUCAUAUUGCUAUAAGUAUUAUUUGGGUGACUUUCGUGACUCUCAUAUUGGAAAAAUCAAAGAAGUAAAACCUAAAAAAUUGAGAAAUAUUCGUUGGCUUGCACCGGAAGUAUUUAAAACGAAACAAUUAACAGAAUGUACCGAUGUGUUUGCAUUUGGCAUUACACUUUAUGAAAUUUUCACCGGAAAUUUACCGUAUUUCUCGAUGAGUAUCGAAGAGAUACAAAGUAAACUGAUAGCUGGACAUAGAAUACGACCUGGUUAG